GUCAGGCGCGUGCCCCUGUCCGGCAGCCGAGGAGACCCCGCGCAGUGCUGCCAACGCCCCGGCGGAGAAGCUGAGGUCAUCGUCGGAUUUGAAAUAUUUAAAGUGGAUAGAAAAUUGUUUCAGCAAUGCAGACAAUUAAGUGUGUUGUUGUGGGCGAUGGUGCUGUUGGUAAAACAUGUCUCCUGAUUUCCUACACAACAAACAAAUUUCCAUCUGAGUAUGUACCAACUGUUUUUGACAACUAUGCAGUCACAGUUAUGAUUGGUGGAGAGCCAUAUACUCUUGGACUUUUUGAUACUGCAGGGCAAGAGGAUUAUGACAGAUUACGACCGCUGAGUUAUCCACAAACAGAUGUAUUUCUAGUCUGUUUUUCAGUGGUCUCUCCAUCCUCAUUUGAAAAUGUGAAAGAAAAGUGGGUGCCUGAGAUAACUCACCACUGUCCAAAGACUCCUUUCUUGCUUGUUGGAACCCAAAUUGAUCUCAGAGAUGACCCCUCUACUAUUGAGAAACUUGCCAAGAACAAACAGAAACCUAUCACUCCAGAAACUGCUGAAAAGCUGGCACGUGACCUGAAGGCUGUCAAGUAUGUGGAGUGUUCUGCACUUACACAGAAAGGCCUAAAGAAUGUAUUUGAUGAAGCAAUAUUGGCUGCCCUGGAGCCUCCAGAACCGAAGAAGAGCCGCAGGUGUGUGCUGCUAUGAACAUCUCUCCAGAGCCCUUUCUGCACAGCUGGUGUCGGCAUCAUACUAAAAGCAAUGUUUAAAUCAAACUAAAGAUUAAAAAUUAAAAUUCGUUUUUGCAAUAAUGACAAAUGCCCUGCACCUACCCAUAUGCACUCGUGUGAAACAAGGCCCAUAGGUAUGGUCCCUUUCCCCCUCUCAGUACGAGUUAAUUUUGAGUAAUUGUGUAUUGUCAGAAAAGUGAUCAGUACUAGUUUUUGUUUUGUUACUCAAAAAUUUUUUUUGUUUUUGUUUUUAUUUUAUGUUUAAAAGCAAGGCAUGCUUGUGAUGACUCUGUAACAGACUAAUUCGGGUUGUUGAAGCUGCUCCCGGGUUCCACUCUGCAGGGUGAUCCGGGACAUCUAGUUUUUUUUUUUUUUUUUUGGGGGGGGGUAGUGUGUGUGGGGUUUGUUUUUAUUUAGUCAUUUUUUAAAAAGUCAUUAACCAUUUGACAGCCCUUUAGGUGAGGAGGAUGGAGUGAUUCCACAUUCCACUUCCUAGAUCUAGUUUAGAAAACAUGUUCCCCACCUGGUGCUCUUAGGAAGGAGUAUAGUAAAUGCCUCAUUUAAUAACAUACUCCUUUUUGAAAGUUGCCUUUUCUCUCCACCCUUGAGUAGGUUCAGUGUUUGAUGAAACUCAUGAAAGUGGGUGGAACCUGUCUUGCCCCUCCUCUUUUCUAGGAUGCACUAUAUAUGUGACUGACUUUCAAGGAAAUUGUUAGCCAUUUGCUGAUUUCUUUUCUUUUUUUUUUUUGGAAGUUAAUGUCUAACUUCUUUCAGUGGUUAAUGAAGAAAAGUAUUGCACCUUUUGAAAUAUACCAAAUGGAUUUACGUAUAUAAUUAAAAAAAAAAAACAUUUUUUUCCUUGUCAGUCAUUGUCUUAUAUGCUUAGCAUAGAUGUGCAGCUUAAUAGUGUAUGAUAUGGUGUUCCUAGAACACAGCUGAAGACCUGGUAUACAUGAGGUGUGGUGCUAGAAGACAGAUGUCUGUGGAAUGAUUCACAUCCUCUUCAAGUUAGGAGGAUGGAGACCUGCUUCAUUAAGAAGCUAGGGGUGGGGUGGGGGUGGGGAGAACAUUUAACAACAUGGGGACCAGUCAGGGGAAUCCCCUUAUUUCUGUUUUACAUGAGGAACCUUAGAGCAGCCAAUUGACGCUCUCUAGUUUAAUAAAAAUCUUGGAGAGAGUCUUAUGAAGACUCUUCAUAGUGUUAGGGAUUUUAUCAGCUUAUUUUGGUUGCAGUUUCCAAUUUUUAAAAAAUGUUUAGGUAAUCAUCUCCACCUUCCCCAAAUCCUAAUUCUUGUAGACUUGUUAGUGUUGAACCAAUGCUUUCUCAUGUCUCAAUUCUUUGUAUAUGCAUUCUUUUCAGAUGUAUUAAACAAACAACAAAACCCUUCACAA